GUCGUCCGGCUGCACGCCGUUUGCUUUUCGAGACCGAAGUGAGUCAGUCAGUCAAGCGUCGACCAUCGUCGGGAUUGGACGCUCGUGAAAAACCACUUCCACCAGUCCCCCGUAUCUCGCGUCUGCCGCUAAACCGUUUUCCUUUUUUUUUUUUUUUUUUUUUUUCCUUCGAUCGUUAUGAAUGUUCGAAACGGGAUCGCGACAGACACGAGUCGUGAGUAAUAAUUUCCGAUCGAAUCAAUACGAAUCGUAUUCGAUGGGGUUUCGAUCGUUUCGCAGCGAACAGUGUCGAAAGUGAACGCUCACGUGAACCUCAAGUGGACGGGAUUCGCACGAAUAAACGAAGUAAAGUGCGUGUUGCGAGAUUGAAAUAAAAUGUUGUCGCGGGACUUGUUGACUUUCGCGACUAUGGUGUCAAGUCUAACUGCGGCCGUUGGCGCUUCCGUGGAUCUCGAUUCGGGGGACUACGAGGUGCUGGCCGAUAACGAGGGGAAAUCCGAUGACAACGAUUCGCCGCACAUCCGAGAAGUGAGGUGUUACUGCAAUCAACCAGAAUGCGUACCUCAAGGAUACAUGUGCCGCGGCAAAGGCUGUUUUACGGAAUUACCAUCCAAUGCAAAUCCAUCAUUAUUAAGGGCAGAGCAUAACGCUUACAGUGGUUGCCUGGAUGAAAACUUCAAAGAACGGCAAUGUCCCACGGGAUAUCUUUGUUGCGAGCAGGAUCUUUGCAAUCACGUGGAUAGUCCAGCCAUGAGAAACAGGCUCAACAAGACUCUUCAAGUGUUGGUGGGUGAUCAGCGACCUUUUCUCGGCCCGGUUCAACCGAUCAAUCAUGGAGGUCAGUCAACAGAUGGAUGGUUCAAGACUGCCACAAUCGCUGUACCGAUUUGCGGUCUAAUCGUUCUACUGAUACUGGCCAGUCUUGCCAUUAGAUUACUUCAGCCUGUACCGACGCAAAGCGACAAACUUGGACCACAUCGGAUGCCCGAUAAUGGGCCGCCAUUAUUAGGACCACCAAAAGUGCCUCUUGUUUAAUUAUCUCGCAAUACCCCAAAGACGUUCGAUAAAGCGGAUAGACAUUAGUAAGACUAAUUAGAAAGCUAGCGGGCUUAUAUAGCUCCACUUGGCUGUGAAUUUUGUGAAAAAAGAAGCGACUGCUAUAAAUUAUAACAUUGCGUGUUGUGCAUCGAUAGAUUGCAAUUCCUCGAAACGACGAUCAAUCGUCAUAAGAUUGAAGAGUGAGAAAAGGCCAAUGAAAUAGGACCUUUGUACAUGACGUUAAUUAAAAAGAAGAAAAAAAAAAAAAAAAAAGAAAGAAAAAAAAAUGAAAUGCAUGAUAUCGCCUUUAUUAUAUAGCAUUGUAAAUAGAUUAUGUAUUUUAUAUCGUGUAUUAGAUGAUAUCGCUUAUUUAGGCGGCGUACAAAUUGUAAUGUAAUCGCGAUUUACGAUAUCGUCGAAUUUUCCUAGAUCGAUCGAAAAAUAGAUCAGGCCGCAAGAUCAUGAUAAUGUUACGAUAUAAUCUCAAGGGAUACACAUAUAUAAUCCUGCAAUAAGAAAAAAAUAUCUUUUCCAUCGAGGAACAAUAUCGAUAAAAAAAAAAUGAAUGAAGAACACAAAGUCUGAUUGUUUUCUUUUUAAUCGUAUAAGAUAUCUUUUUUUGAAAUUCUAUUAUUCUGGUACAUCGUGUACUCAUCAUAUAGCAAUUAUAUUCCAUAUAAAUAUUAUAUUGUGAUAGUAUGACAUAACUCUGUGUAUGAUAAUUAUAUUAUUAAGUAUGUACCACAAUUGUUUUA